AAAUUCUCCCUACCCUGUUUCUAAUUUUGAGAGAGAGAGGGAAGUUGAACUUAUUUGGUGUAAUAGAGCAGACCUUUAUGAGCUUUGUUAAGUGUGUGGGUCUGUGUGGGAGAAAAAUGAAUUUCAGUUAGGAGAAUCACUCAAGUACCAUCACGUGGAAUUCGGAGACUCUCAGCUGUGUGGUCCUGCCAUGAUUUUUCCUGUACUUAUUAUUCUUAAGAAGGGAAAGGGACAUUAUUGCAAGGCUUCCUAUGUAUGCUAGAGCGGUGCAACAAGCCUAUAUGCUGAUGAAUCGUUGGAAUGAAUAGACAAAAGGAAAAGCUGCUUUUCUAGAAACAAUUUUGACAAAAGUGACUGUCAGUGUUCAUGGUACAUGUUGAAGAUCCAUAAAUAUAGACCAGUCUGUUUAACCUUUGGACUUAGCAGUUAAUGUUUCACUAAUUAACAGUGUGCUUGUACGACCCUCUAGCCCUAUCUGCUGAAGUGAGGAGAUAUAAAGACGCAGAAAUUUUUUUGCCACACAUUCUACCAGCACCAUGGGCAAGGGAUUUUAUGUCAGCAAGCUAGUAUUAGCUGUUGGCAUCAUAUUUGCGGUGGCUGCCGUGUCUACUAUCAUAGCCCUUGCAGUUGUUUACUCUCAAGAAAAAGGCAAAAAUAAUGAUGUUGCGAAGCCACCUGAAACAACUACAUCUAGCUCAGGCACAUCAACAGCCACCACAACUACCACCGCAACUGCCACCGCAACUGCCACCACUGCUCAAUCCAAUGACCCUUGGAACAAGUAUCGACUUCCAAAAACAUUGUCACCAGUUCAUUAUGAUGUUGAGCUUCAGCCAUUCUUGGUGAAAAAUGCAGAUGGUCUUUACGUGUUCCGUGGCAAAAGUACUGCCUUCUUUAUAUGCAACGAUGCCACUGAUCUCAUUAUAAUCCACAGCAACAAACUUAACCACACCAAAUUCAAUAGCUUUGAUGCCAAAUUACAGGAUGGUGCCACAGACGUAGCUUUGAAAAGCACAUUCUUUCAGAAAGACAAGCAGUUCUUGGUGGUACAGGCUGCUGCGAAUCUGGUGCCUGGGAAACAGUAUGGUCUAUACACAGAGUUUGUUGGGGAGCUUGCUGAUGACCUGGCUGGAUUUUACAGAAGUGAAUAUCUUGAAGACGGUGUAACCAAGAUCAUUGCGACAACUCAGAUGCAAGCUCCUGAUGCGAGGAAAGCCUUCCCCUGCUUUGAUGAGCCAGCAAUGAAAGCCACUUUCAACAUCACCCUUAAGUACAGGCAGCCUUACAAGGCCAUGUCCAACAUGCGAGAAAUCGAUCGAAGCACUGUAACUGAAGAUGGACAACAAUGGACAGUCUCAAAGUUUGACAAAACUCCAAAGAUGUCCUCAUAUCUGGUGGCAUUCAUAGUGUCCGAAUUUGAGGCAGUUGGGGAUCCUGGCAAUGCUACUGUUACUGGGGUACAGAUCUGGGGUCGUAAAAAAGCCAUUCAGGACGAGAACCAAGGGGAAUACGCUCUCAGUGUUACAAAGCCUAUUCUUGAUUUUUUUGCGGAAUAUUAUCGAACCCCCUACCCUCUGCCAAAAUCAGAUCAGGUAGCGCUGCCGGAUUUUAGUGCAGGAGCCAUGGAAAACUGGGGACUGGUGACAUACAGAGAGACAGCCCUGCUAUUCGACGAUCAAGUAUCAUCCAUUGGGAAUAAGGAGAGAGUAGUCACAGUAAUAGCCCAUGAGCUUGCCCAUCAGUGGUUUGGAAACCUGGUAACCAUACGAUGGUGGAAUGAUCUAUGGCUGAAUGAAGGCUUCGCCUCCUAUGUUGAAUAUUUGGGUGCUGACAAAGCUGAGCCUAACUGGAACAUAAAAGACUUGAUAGUGCUAAAUGAUGUGCACAGAGUCAUGGCUGUCGAUGCACUGGCUUCCUCCCACCCCCUCACAUCAAGAGAAGAUGAAGUGAACUCACCCUCUGAGAUUAGUGCACUUUUUGACUCCAUUGCUUACAGCAAGGGUGCCUCUGUUAUCCGAAUGUUGUCAGAAUUUCUCACAGAGCCUCUGUUUGUUGAUGGACUGGCGAGUUACCUGAAAGGGUUUGAAUACAGCAACACUGUAUAUAGUGACCUUUGGACACAUCUGCAAUGGGCUGUAAAUAAUCAAACUGCAGUGAAACUUCCGCUGCCCAUCAAAGAUAUUAUGGAUACUUGGGUCCUACAAAUGGGAUUCCCAGUGGUGAAAAUAGACACAGCAACUGGAGUGGUUACCCAGAAACACUUCCUGCUGGAUCCGGACUCAGUGGUCACGCGGCCAUCACCAUUUGAUUACAAAUGGAAGGUACCAAUUAGUUAUAAAAUAUCCUCCAAAGAAGACAACAUAUGGCUACAAAAUGAAUCAGAAACCGUUGAAGAUUUUAAAAUAACUGGAAAUGACUGGCUUCUGGUAAACCUAAAUGUCACUGGAUAUUACAGAGUAAACUAUGAUGACAACAACUGGAGCCGCCUACUAAACCAGCUGCAGACCAGUCACCAAGCAAUUCCUGUUAUUAACCGUGCCCAGAUCAUUGAUGAUGCCUUUAAUUUAGCCAGGGCAAAACAAAUAACCACAAUACAAGCGCUGGAUACCACUAAAUAUAUCUCUGCAGAUAGAGAGUACAUGCCAUGGCAAGCAGCUCUGAGCGGUCUGAGUUACUUUACACAGAUGUUUGAUCGCACGGAAGUCUUUGGACCCAUGAAGAAAUACAUGAAAAUGCAAGUUAACCCACUGUUUGAAUAUUUUAAGCAAGAAACAGGCAACUGGACAAACAGACCAGUAUCUCUAACUGAUCAGUAUUGUGAAAUAAACACUCUCAGCACUGCAUGUAGCUAUGACAUUGAGGAUUGCUUGAAGUUUGCCUCUGAACUCUUCAGUCAAUGGAUGGCCACCCCACAGCAAAACAAUAUCCAUCCAAAUUUGAGGACAAAUGUUUACUGCACGGCCGUAGCACAGGGAGGAGAACAGGAGUGGAAUUUUGUGUGGGAUAGAUUUCAGUUAACAGAUAUUGCACAAGAACAAGACAAACUGAGAGCAGCUCUAGCCUGCAGCAAGGAGCCAUGGAUCCUCAACAGGUUUCUGGAAUACUCCUUGGAUCCAACAAUGAUUCGCAGACAAGAUGCCGUCUCCACCAUCAGCAGUGUUGUAAAUAACCCAAUAGGACAAAGUCUUGCCUGGGACUUUGUUAGAGCCAAAUGGAAGACACUGUAUUCUAUGUUUGGAGAGUCCUCUUUCUCUUUCGGUAACUUGAUUGAGAGGGUGACACGGAGAUUCUCUACUGAAUUUGAAUUGCAGCAGCUGCUGCAGUUUAAGGCUGACAACCAGAAUCCUGGCUUUGGAACAGCAUCACAGGCACUGGAACAAGCCAUUGAAAAAACCAAAGCAAACAUCAACUGGGUAAACCAAAACAAAGCGGCAGUAAAGAAAUGGUUUGAGGAUGCCGUAGUGCCUUAAAGAAGCCCUUUGGAAAGGCCAGGUUACCUGCCUGCUCUGUCUCCUGUUGGAACAGUUUCAUCUCCCCAAUAGGUUUCUCACACUAUGCGCCAGAUGCCUUAACUCCCGACAUGCUGGGAGGAUGAAAUGUGGCCAAUUCUGCGGCAUGCUUCUUUUGCACAUAACUAUAUUCCCACUUUCUUGGGCUUCUGUGAAAGAACUUUGACUAUUGACUGAGAAGCUCAUAUACAAUCUGAUAGGAAAUGCUUUAAACACCAAUGGCAAGAAAUUGACUUUGCUCAGGGUUUCACUUGUUAUAUUUCAAAAAUUCCAUGACCAGUUGCAGGCCUUCAGCUUCCACUGCCCACUGCCAACUUCUCCCAAGAGUUAACAGCAGCUGGAAAUCCUAAAUUCCACUUGAAAUGCCUUAAACUUGUGUCACAUGUCUUGGCACCUCAGCCUUCUCAGUUAAACCUGUGGCAGCAACUUCACUAUCCCUUCCCAUUUUAAUUAAUAAGCAUUGCAAGGAUGGCACACAGACUAUCCCAUCAUUGGCUAAAACACUCCUAUCCAUGUGAACAACAAAAUGCUGCAUCAGUAAAGGAGCAGAUAUCUUACAGCAUUUAUUUAUAGUUGUCCGAUCUCUAUGUAAAUCUCUUUGUAAAUAAUAAAGUAUAGACUUUCCGUACAAUGCUAAGUUAAGUACCUGGGAAAUGCAAUCAAAUGUCUGUUUCUUGUUGUGCAAAAUCUAAGAAUAAAAUUGGAUAUGGAGAAAAGAAA